AUGACUUUCACUAGCUUUUACGAGCAACCUCUUCGACAAAUUUUCGCUGAAGUGGCUGAGAUUAAGCGCACAGCACGCAGCAGGAUCAUUUCUCGCGAUCCUGUUACCUCAGCUGCACCAAAAAAAGCUUUUUCCAAUGCUCCAACCAAGGUUUCUCAACAUCAAACCAACUCAACUGUUCACAAAGUAGUUAAUUCUUCACUAGCUGGCUCCGGUCAGGUGCAGCGCCAGAUUAAGACUGCUCCCUCUACUCCUGUCUGCGUUUCAACAGUUGCUACCGUUUCAGCUGCUCCUUUAGUAGUCGAGCCUCAAAAAGCUAUCGUCGAUCAAGGACUUGAGCGGAUCAAGGCCGCUCACUUUUCCCCUCUCCCAAGGAGAUCAAUCAGAACAGACUUGGCUGUUCCUGUAGUUGGAUCUCGAAGAUCUAGCGUCGAUCCUGGACUUGAACGAAUUAAGGCCGCUCACUCUGCUUCUUCUCCGGUUGCAUCAGUCAAGGCAACUCAAGCUAUUCUUGAAACUGAACCACAAGCAGCUGCAUCAAACAAUGUCGCCCCGAUUGAAUCAAUCAAAUUUGCAAAAGAUAGCAACAUUAAAACAGGCGUAGAUAACGGACUUGAUCGGAUCAAAGCCGCUUGCCCUUCUCCUGAUGUCCCAGUUACACCAACUGUACCUAUUAAAGUUUCCAAAUUUUUCCUGACUCGCAAUGGAUGCAAAUACGAGGAUAAUUGUCCGUCAUCUCACAAUUAUGAUGCUCCCACUCGGCGUAAAGAGCAAUGGGCAGCUAAUGAUGCGAAGAAGCUCCAGCAAGUUCGCUCUAAGCAACAGCUUGCAUAUACCCAGAAGGCUCUUGCUCUCAAGAGCAACAAUUCCAAGGUUUCGAGUGCUGUUACUGCCUCUUCAAAGUCUUCCUCAAAAGAGACGAUAAAAAAGAGAUCAGCUUGCAAAGACUAUUGGUCUCCUCGUGGUUGUCAUCGGAAGCGUUGCCCGUUUCCACACGAAAAUCUCACUUCGCAGGAGCCUGAAAAGCUCAUUGACGACGCCGUUCCUGGUGAAGUUCAAAUUCUCAAGUGUCCCAACGCCAUACUACGCAAGCGCAACGCCAAUAAGGCCAGUAAGGCCUCCAAGGCUUCUGUGGUCCAGUUUACUGAGUCUGAGCCAGAGACGGCACUUCCAUGUUCCGAACCUAUUCUGUGGGCAAACAAUCCUCAUUUGAGUGAUGGAAAGUACUGCGACAGUGCUAUCUGGAAAAUUUUCGGUAAACCCUGUCCAACAAAGGAGGAAGCUAUCGAAUGGUUUCAAGAGAUGCAUUCAAGUGGUAACCUUGAGCAUUUCCCCUUUGGUGAUAUCAUCAUAUGGGCAAAUGCAAUGUGCAUUUUAAACACGGACGAGUUCCUGACCCAUAUAGGGUACAUGCCAGGCAUUUUCGAAAAUUUUGGACCCAGAGAACAACUCUAUAUCGAAAGACUCAGGACCAAGUAUGAUGCAGAGAAAGCUAAACCAAAAUAUGACACUUUCCACUGUUUUGACAAACUUCCUAAUGAGUUAUGUAUGAAGAUCUGGGGCUUCGCAGUCCGGGCAGGGAGAACUCUUACUGUCAGUUUUAAUAAGAAGCAAAUCUAUACUUCUAAAGGCCCUGGCUUAUUCAUACGUCAUUUGAGAUCCGGAGGCUCGCCAUUGUGGUGCGUCAACAAACAAUCACAAAAAGCAUCAAUGAUGGAUAGACACUGUGGAUAUUAUUUUGGUUGCGAUUAUUUCUCUCCGGGAUUUGAUACCUUGUUUCUCAACGAUUCCGCUGAAUCGCUUAAUGCUUUCACCAGUCAGAUUGCCCUCUGGAGAGGGAAUGUUGUCCAAAGAUUGUCCUUUCCUCAUUACCAACUUUGCAACGCCACCUGCCUGCGUAGGUUUGCUGCCGAUCUCGUUAAAGCUUUCCCGGGUCUAAUUCGCAUUGAGUUUUGGCUCUCGGAUGGGGAAUACCAUUCCAAGUACCUCAAGAAAUCGGCCAGCGUUAUCGAAAAAGCCAAUGCAGCAAUUGUUCAAGCCUAUGGAGCUCGUGUUGGUGUUAAACCACCACGUGUGCGUUUUAUCACGAUACCGGAAAAACGUGCAUUGGAGAUUGGAAUCGGUGGUGGAUUGUGGUAG